UACCUGCUGCCGAAGCCAGUAUUUCACAGUGGGCCCCAGCCCGGGUAGAUCAGUCAGGAGCCUGGACACAGCCCGGGUACAUCAGUCAGGAACCCGGACACAGCGAGCCGCAGUGUGGUGGUGUUACGCACCGGACAGAAGGAGACACAAAGACACUUUGGAAGAAGAAAAGUCUCCUCCAGCUUUUAUUCAGCUUUGCGCUCUUCUAUGGAUGUCGUCAUGAGUCAGAAGACCUGAAGAGAGUAUCGAGAGACAACGGCUACUUUUUACUUUUCGAGAGGAUAUCCGACGGUGGGAUGAAGAAUUAAAGUUCAUAUCAACUCUGUGCCAACAUGUCUAAACCGAUGGAUCACGUCAAACGUCCAAUGAACGCGUUCAUGGUCUGGUCCAGAGCCCAGCGGAGGAAAAUGGCGCAGGAGAACCCCAAGAUGCACAACUCGGAGAUCAGCAAGCGGCUGGGCGCCGAGUGGAAACUUCUCACCGAGUCCGAGAAGAGGCCGUUCAUCGACGAGGCCAAGCGGCUGCGGGCGAUGCACAUGAAGGAGCACCCAGACUACAAGUACCGGCCGCGGCGGAAGCCCAAAACGCUGAUGAAAAAGGACAAGUUUUCCUUCCCGGUGCCGUACAACCUCGGAGAGCACGACGCGCUGAAGGUGUCCGGUUUGACAGGCGGCUCGCUGUCCGAGUCCCUGAUGGGGAAUCCGGACAAGGCGGCCGCUGCUGCUGCCGCCGCGGCCGCACGGGUCUUCUUCAACCCGUCCAUGGCCAACCCGUACUCUUUCUUUGACCUGGGAUCCAAGAUGUCCGAGCUUUCCCCGCACUCGUUUCCGUACGCAUCUCAUCUCGGCUACCCGGGCGCCGCGACGGCUUUUUCCGGGAGCGGCGGUGGAACCCACGCCCACACGCACACACACCCUUCCCCGGGCAACCCGGGCUACAUGAUCCCCUGUAACUGUACGGGCUGGCCUUCAGCUGGACUCCAGCCCCCCUUGGCGUACAUCCUCCUGCCCGGGAUGGGCAAGCCGCAACUCGACUCGUACCCGGCGUACGCCGCGGCUUUAUGAUAGCGGCGCCCAGACACACUUUGGACUUCAUGGGAAAAGAAAAAAAAAUAACAUGCAAGAGUUUAUUAUGCAUGCACAAACUUGUUCAUGUGAUGAAGUGCUCGUGGUCCCUCCCAGAUAUCACGUGUAUAUGUUGAUUACUAGUACCUUAAUCCAAGGUCAUGUUUAUUUGGAAGUCCCUCUCUAAGUUAAGGGCUCUGCGGGCCACCUCAGAGCCUAGAGGGUUGAAGGAUAUAUUAGCUGGUAGACGGGGAAGCUGUCCUUAUCAAUGUGAAUACUCCGUCAAAUGCUACUCUAUUACUGUUUUAUUUUGCGUUAGACUGGCGCACCUGCUCCAACAGGUGCGCCUGUUUGGGGAGCGUCAUGAUCACCACUGGAUACACGGACAGCGACGCGGUCAUUAACACCCACUCGGACUUUGAUUUCCUCCUCCGGUUUAUUGUAACUCCCGAUGAGGCCGACCCAGUCCCUCCUCGAACAAUUGUAAAUCUGUACAGGUAAAAAAAAACUCUAGGAAAUUGGACACUAGGCUUAGCGUUUGGGAUAGGGCCUGAGAAUUGCGUAUUUCACUAGAAAUCUGGUUUAUAUUUUAAGUUUUAAAAGCCGUUUUAUAGAUGUCUGUAAUAUUUAUUGUUUAGUGGAAUCAUCCCGGAGAAUUGAGGCCAUUCGAGAGGACAAAAUAACUCUGUAUCAUUUUGCACAUAAAAUGUAGAGGAUGUAAUUUAUUCAAGGUCAUUCAUUUACUGCCGAUCUCAUUUUUCUGUUAUUCAAAAGUCGGAUUCUCUGCCCUGUUUUUAAGAAUAUCAAAGUUCCCAAGGGGGUCGUGGGAAAGUGGUUUGGUUUUUUUUAUUUGUCGGGGGUUUAAAUGACUUCUCGACGUGUCCGCUCUCAUGUGCAGCAGAGCGUGUCCUACUAACUCAUAUGGACUUUGUAUGUUUUGUGUUUCCUUUAACACCGUUAUGUACUCACAACUGUUCGCUCGUUGAGCAGCGGACUCCAAUAAAGCGAAUGCGGGAAA